UGAAUAUUCAUACUGAUGGCGUUUUUCGCCGCCGUCUCUCCUCCCUUUUCCUCCCCUCCUUCCCUUCCCCUUUCUUCCCUCGGUCCGUCCCCCCUCCUCCUGCGUAACGGCGCGCUCUUUACAUGGAGGCAUCCCGGAAGACUCGGCCGCAGUUGUUCACUCAAACACGUUUACGCACCGUUUGGCUGCUUGUGGUUCAUUGUGUCGCUCGCUGCCGCUGAUACAAUGUCAGCAAAGACCGAACUGCCGAGCAGAGAUCGAGCUAUGAAGGGACGAGAGGAGAAAAUGGUCGUGGCAGACAAGCAUGCAGUCAAUGGCAAACCCACAGUGGAGCCUUUUCCAGAAGGCAUGGAGACCAUCAUGUUUGGAAUGGGCUGUUUCUGGGGAGCUGAGAGGCUUUUCUGGCGGCUUUCGGGAGUCUUUUCCACACAGGUUGGCUACGCCGGUGGCUUCACACCCAACCCCACCUACCAUGAGGUCUGCACAGGUCUGACAGGCCACACUGAGGUAGUGAGGGUGGUCUUCUCCCCCCUAGACAUCAGCCUUGAGGAACUGCUGAAGUGUUUUUGGGAGAACCACGAUCCUACACAAGGUAUGAGGCAGCACAAUGAUAGGGGCACUCAGUACCGUUCAGCCAUUUACACAUCCAGCCCCGCUCAGCAGGAGUUUGCAUUGAAGACUAAAGUGGCCUUCCAGCAGGAGCUGGAUAAAAAAGGCUACGGUCCCAUCACCACUGAGAUUCUGGAGGGGCAGCAGUUUUACUAUGCAGAGGACUAUCACCAGCAGUACCUGAAGAAGGUACCAAAUGGCUACUGUGGCCUAAAAGGCACCGGAGCCUCUUGUCCCAUCGGAGCCGCGAAGGAUGAGUUAUGAAGGAUUUGUGGUGAGAAAAGAGAAGGAUCAGUUAAUGAGUGAAGAUUUUAAUUGGAAGUAUUUCAGUGUUUCAAACACUGGUUGAAAAACAAAAAAACAGAUAUAUAUAUAUAUAUAUAUAUAUAUAUAUAUAUAUAUAUAUGUGUGUGCAUUUCCAGUGUGUCUGUCACUGAUUGUAGCAUAGUGACAUAUUAGUCUAGUGACAAAAACAUAACCAAGUCUCAAAUAUCCUGUUCAAAGCUAUGCAGAACACUAUUCAUGUACAGAAAAGUAACUUUCUGUGAACAAAGCCUUUCAUACAUAAAAGUAACUCAAAGUGCUUUACAUGAAAUAUAAAAAUGCAAAUAUCAAAUAAGAUGAACGAGUAACUGUACAAUCACACCUUCAGAUAAGAAUGCAGCAACAGUCCACAUGGUGGCGACAUUUUUCAAAGAAAGCAAUGCAGCUCCUGCAGACUAUUUUCUGUUAUGUGACAUGAUGAAGCCAAGGAACCAUGUAAAAACUUAUUCUUGCACAGUGAACUGGAAGAAGAAUUUCCAAACCUAAAUGGUUUUCUAAUUCAGCGUCCUUUUCACAUCCAUUUUAAAGUCUUACAUGCAGAUUUUAAUACAUUCCGCAGCUUAGUAGACAAGAUUGAUUUUCAUGCAGUUUAACUAAUCAGAAUUAAUGUCAGCACUGUAAGAGCACACGGCUUUUGGUUUCCUAAUGUGUCAAUUUGGAAAUAAUAAAACCUUUUGUUUA